AGUUCAGGAGGAGCUAUGUCAGAAAAGAGGGAGAGUCACGUGAAUGAGCUGCUAAAACAGCUGUGUUCCCAGCAGCUCUCCGGAGUUAGUGCAGGUAGUUCGGAGAUAUCACGAGCCUAUCAGAGGUGCUGUAGAACACUGGAUACCCGUCCUUUGGUCUGCGAUGAGAACCAGGUAAAAGAAGAGAUACGAAAGAAGCUGUCCACAACCAAGGGUUACAACGUCGCUCACACCUACAUCGACUGUUAUGAUAACCUUGUCAAAUUGGAUGGCCCUAAGAACAGAGGAGGAGUGCUGUACUUCCUAACCCUACUCUCCGACUCCAAGUCUAAGAGCGACGUAGUGGCCCUACUGAAGACCAACCCUGCUUCUUCCUUCAGACAGAGCGACUCUACUGCUGUAGCUCCGUGUGUGCUUCCUAACAGGGACCUGGCUGUUAAGAACAGGAAUGAGGUGCUGGUGAAGCCGAGGUAUGCAACUGUUGUGCUCUCUCCGGAGACGUUUGAUGGUUACAGCGAGGCUGAUCUGGUCCGGGACCUUCUCUUUGUGUUUCAGGGAAUAGCUACUAACGCUAUCAGGUGGGAAGCAAGUAGGAUGUGUUACGUGCCACAGCCCGCUAUAAAACUACCUAAACCUAAGCUGGAUCUAGCGUGCAAGUUAGCAGAGCUGGGAUUCCUUUACAAACAGAUAAAGAGCUUUGUGGACCAGCGGUUAUCUGAGCAGUCGUACGGGCUGAUUGGUCAGGCGUUCUGUAGUGCGAUUAUGCAGGAGCUCAGGGAAUAUUACCGACUGAUUGCUACCUUGGAGAACCAGAACACACUAGGAAAGUUGUCUCUACACCGACUACUAGUCUGGUCACAUGACACCUUCGACCAGCUCCGACUCCUCUCCUCACUGUGUGUCCAGGCUGGCUACCUGAACGGGGGCGCCCUAGCUUCUAGUCUACACACCUUCCUGCAGUAUGGGGACCCUAACUUCCACUUACUCGUUAAGAAGGUGCUGCAUAUAACCACCCGCCCCCUGCUGGAGAUGCUGAGAAGAUGGAUCUACGAGGGAGAGUGUUGUGACGCGUACGGAGAGUUCUUCAUAACAGUGGACAGUGACACCCCUGAGGACCUGUUGUGGGAGAGCAAGUACAGUAUCAGACUGGAGAUGUUACCCAGCUUCAUAUCUAAACAGAUGGCCGAGAGGAUCCUUCUCAUCGGUAAAACUAUAAACUUUAUCCGUGUAGUGUGCCGGGACCACUCUCCCAUCAAUUUUCCUUUCUCCACGGUUGCUACAACUAACCAGGGCCUCAACGAUAUCAUCGGACCUGACCUUAACGGCCACGUCUCCGAGGUGUAUAAGAUAACGUCGUCUCAUUUGAUUGGGCUGCUGAAGAAGAAGUAUUUGUUGUGUGAGCAUCUCACUGCUAUCAGGGACUAUCUCUUGCUCGGCCAGGGUGAUUUUAUCCAACAUCUUAUGGAUCUGAUUUGUAAGGAUCUGUCCGGAUUGUCCAGUUCUCUCCAAACUUCCAUGCUCCAGUCUAAACUAGAGACCGCGCAGCGUGCAACAAACGCGCAGUACCACAACGUGGACGUUAUCCGGCGUGUGAGUGUGAUUAAGUUGGAGGAGAGUGGUGGAGAUACGGGCUGGGAUGUGUUUACUAUAGACUACGUGCUGAACUGCCCGCUCACUGUCAUUGUUAAUCAGGACAGUAGGGAAACUUACCUCUGUAUAUUCAGGAUGCUGUGGAAAACUAAGCGGAUAGAGCACGGUCUGAGGAGAAUGUGGGGCAAAACAGCCACCUGGGACAGAACACUACCCCACAUUGUGGGGGACAUCAGGGAGUUUAGACACCAGAUAAACAUAAUCUGCUGUGAAAUGCAGCACUUCAUAUCACAGGUACAAUACUACAUUAACUUUGAAGUGUUGGAAUGCUCGUGGAAGGAGUUGGAGAAUGCUGUAGACACAGCUGAGAAUCUGGACCAUAUCAUUGAGGCCCACAAGAGGUUCCUAGGGAUAGUGAGUGAGCGACUCAUGCUCAACCAGGAGCAUCUACAGGUCCUGACUAAGUUGUAUGCUAAUUAUAAGAACGCUAUUAACUUUAUGGACGCGUACGAUAAAGCUCAUGAAGUACUGAAGAAAGCGAAUAUUAUCAGAGCCAAGAGGCAUGAUAGUAUGAACUUGAAAACUAAGCAAGGAGACUGGGGAAUAAAGGCAGCUGACGAAGCAGCAAUCGUACAAGAAGACAAGGAGUUCCAAGCUCAGUUGAAAGCCAUCGCUAAAAUAUUUACUAACAAUCAAUCUACUUUCUCAACUUCUCUCCGAGACUUUCUCAUGGCUCUCUCGUUGGAGGCUGACGAUUCUAUGAAGUUUUUGUCACUGAGAAUUGAUUUCAACGAGCACUACAAGCAAAAACAUGGCAACAAUUUCAACGGCCCUUACAUUAACAGAACGAAAUCAGUUGAUGCGUGAAAUUUGUUCACGAAUAUGAACUGUUAUUAUUUCGAUAUUUUAAUACAUUAACCCGUAUUUAUAAUAUCAUGACUUUACUGUAGCUGUAGUGGAACUAAAUUGUUUUUGGUAUUUGAAGCAUUCAUUGAUAUUGACGAUAUUUUGUACAGUGUAGGAACUUUCUAUAUUUUGUAUUAACAUGUAUUACUUUAUUUCUUAUCGCUGACUAUUUGAACGAA